AUAAUAAGUACCUACCACAAGGACCACUCGAAUGGAUUGUUUUGCUGAUAUACCCACCGAACGUUAUCACAUAUUGCGUAUAGAUAGUACUAUAAUCACAGAACUCGAAUUUUCACAGAUUUCUACUGCAAAUUAUAGGAAGAGGAGGUGCAAGAGGCCGGGGAAUCGGGGGCGAAGGGACAGACUCGAGCUGCACAUUAAAACAUAACAUGAGAGGAACGGUGCUGGCCGAACUGUUGCUGCUGGGCAUCGCCGUCGGGUUCCAACGGGGUCCGCACCAUCCGAGGGCCGCUGUGUCUGGCGAACCGAGAAUCGAGAACCACCACCACGAGCACCAACACCCCAAGCCCAUGGGCGACACGAAGUUCACUCAAGACAAACCGAUACUGCACGACAAGAGGCACAUUGAAGAGGAUCUUGGGCUUCCAGACAUAGACGACAGUAAUUUAACAGAUGAAGAAUUAGAAUUUAGAUAUUUCAUUGCUCAUGACUAUGAUAAAAACACAAUGCUUGAUGGAUUGGAAUUAAUGUCUGCGUUUGCUCAUAACAUGGACAACUACGGAGACACGGAAACAAAAAUAUCAAAUUUAGAAAAUUAUACAGAUUUAGUUGAUCAAAUACUGUAUGAUGAUGAUACAAACUAUGAUGGAUUUCUCAGCUACACUGAAUAUGUGAUUGCCAAGAACAAGCAUUUACAAAAUGUAUAAAAUGUUAAAAUAUAUUACUUUCUAAAAAUACAUUGUUUAUUGUAAAUAAAGUAUUUUUAACAUAAAUUUUAUAAAAACUAA